GCACUCUUUACAUUUGCUUUCGAGUUUGAUCGAAACAACCGCAUACCCACGUAGAGAGAGAGUGAGAGAGAGUGAGAGAAGAAGAAGAAGAAGAAGAAGAAGAAGAAGAGGAAGAAUGAGGGAGAUAAUAAGCAUACAUAUUGGGCAGGCUGGGAUUCAGGUGGGGAAUUCGUGCUGGGAGCUCUAUUGCCUCGAGCAUGGCAUUCAGCCCGAUGGUAUGAUGCCCAGUGACACUUCAGUGGGUGUUGCACACGAUGCUUUCAAUACCUUCUUCAGUGAGACUAGUUCAGGCAAGCAUGUGCCCAGGGCUAUAUUUGUGGACUUGGAACCAACUGUCAUUGAUGAAGUUAGGACCGGAACUUACCGGCAACUCUUCCAUCCUGAGCAGCUAAUUUCUGGCAAGGAAGAUGCUGCUAAUAAUUUUGCAAGAGGGCACUAUACAGUUGGGAAGGAAAUUGUAGAUCUCUGCCUUGAUCGAGUGAGGAAAUUAGCUGAUAACUGUACCGGCUUACAAGGGUUUUUGGUGUUUAGUGCUGUUGGUGGUGGUACUGGUUCUGGUCUGGGGUCCUUGUUGUUAGAGCGGCUGUCUGUAGACUAUGGGAAGAAGUCAAAGCUUGGAUUCACCAUCUAUCCUUCUCCCCAGGUUUCAACAGCAGUUGUGGAGCCUUACAACAGUGUCCUCUCUACUCAUGCCCUUCUUGAACACACAGAUGUGUCUGUGCUCUUGGACAAUGAAGCUAUUUAUGACAUUUGCCGGAGAUCCCUUGAUAUUGAGAGGCCAACUUAUACCAAUUUGAAUAGAUUGAUAUCUCAAAUCAUAUCAUCCUUGACAACUUCAUUAAGAUUUGAUGGAGCUAUCAAUGUGGACGUUACUGAGUUCCAGACCAACCUUGUACCAUAUCCUCGGAUCCAUUUCAUGCUUUCUUCAUAUGCCCCGGUCAUCUCAGCUGAAAAAGCAUAUCAUGAGCAGCUUUCAAUUCCUGAAAUCACAAAUGCAGUGUUUGAGCCCUCAAGCAUGAUGGCUAAGUGUGAUCCAAGGCAUGGGAAAUACAUGGCCUGCUGCUUAAUGUACCGAGGAGAUGUUGUUCCCAAGGAUGUUAAUGCUGCAGUUUCCACCAUCAAAUCAAAAAGAACCGUUCAGUUUGUUGACUGGUGCCCAACUGGCUUCAAAUGUGGCAUCAACUAUCAGCCUCCAACAGUUGUACCUGGGGGCGAUCUUGCUAAGGUGCAGCGAGCUGUUUGCAUGAUCAGCAACAACACAGCAGUAGCUGAGGUGUUCUCACGUAUUGACCACAAAUUUGAUCUCAUGUAUGCCAAGAGAGCAUUUGUUCACUGGUAUGUCGGUGAAGGCAUGGAGGAAGGGGAGUUCUCAGAAGCCCGUGAAGAUUUGGCUGCUCUUGAGAAAGAUUAUGAAGAAGUUGGUGCCGAGGGUGCGGAUGAUGAAGACGAAGGUGAAGAUUACUAAAGUAGAUUAGUAAUGUAAUUUUGUGAGGGCGUUCAUAAGAAGUUUGGUUCUUUAUAUGGUGGGUUUGCCUUUGGCCCUUUGCUCUAUCUUCCUGUUCUUCUGUUUCUUUGUAUUGAUGUUGAGUGCAUGCCAUGAAAUAUUCAAAAUUAUUUCUAUUUUCUGAAUGGAUAUGCCUUUUGUGAUAACAA